UUCAAGUUAAGUGGUUGUACAUAAUGCUCAGGAUAACGUCAAUAGUUUUCGGCGCCCUGCUGGUACUGGAUCUCCUUGGGUCCUUGACAGAAGCCCUUAAUGGAAGAAGCUACGUGUGUCUACUAUCGGAUCCUCCAAAUCAAUGCAGCGAAUAUUGCCUAUCCGCACUGCAGCCUGUGAUCAAUAACAUUACAAAUGGGCAGAAGGGCUGGAGUUCCUGCGAGGUGAAGCAGAACGAAACCCUGGAGACUCUUGAUCAGAUAGAACAACAGUUGGCAGGGACACAGGACCAACUGAAGACUGAGCUACAAAAGGCUGUUCCGCAGGACCUCACUGAAAGACUAAACAGGAUAGAAGGCAAUCAAACGGCCCUUGAGAGCCAGGUGAAAGCAGUCCAGGAAAUUCUCUCGCGCAUCGAUAGGAAUGUUCAGCUGCAGAGAUAUCAACGGGUUGGAUCGCGGUACUUCUACAUCGAACACAAUCACAUGGCGACCUGGGAAAAUGCAGAAUUGAUGUGUAAUGAGAUUGGCGGUCAUCUAGCGUCUUUCAAAAGUGAGAGCGAAUACAACGUUAUUGCUGAACAACUAUCGCCUAGAACACUUUACUGGACGGGCAUCAACGACCUCGCCGAGCAGGGGAAGUUCAUAUCCAAGGCCUCCGGAAAGCCAGUCACCUACUUAAAUUGGCUUACCGACGAACCCAAAUAUGACAAGUAUAACUUAAAUGAUAUCCACUGUGUUGAAUUCCAUGGAAAUGUCAAACAAAUGUUAAUUGAUACUUGUAGACAACCCUUGUUUUUCAUCUGCCAAGCAGACGAUGAAGUUUAACGAAUUAAAAGCAAGAACAAGUAGCAUGAGCUUUGACUUUGUGGAAGUUCAAAAAUGUAUCUUUGUAAAAUGUUUAAAUAAUAAAUAAUUUUGACAAUUCUA